AUGUCAGAUACAGAAGAGGACGAUAACUCAUCGACCGACUCUGCUUCAAUGGAUAUUCCCGAUUCGUACAAUCAUAACUUUCCAUCGGAAAAGGAACAAGACGACGAAGAAGAGAAACAACAAUAUAGAAUUAGAACAAACGUCACACCAGAAAGGAAAAAGAGGGCAGGCUUUGUCGUUCCUUAUUCAAACAACAACAACAACAACAAUAAUAAUAAUAGAAUGUCAAGUUUAGGUACAUUGACAUCAUCUUCAACCUCUACAACUUCAACAUCUUCAACUACUAGUAAUAAUCAAAGUAAUAAUCAAAAUAAUAAUAAUAAUAAUAACAAAAGAAAAUUUAUUGAUUUGGAUGCAAGUUGUAGUAGUAGUACAAGUAGUGUUGGUAGUCCUCCAAGUAACGAUGAUUCAAUCAAUAGUUCAAUUGAUAGUCUUGUAGAUACCCCUCCUUUGUCUCCAAGGAGGAAUAAAAGUCCUCUAAAGAUAUUCCUUCCAACAAUCAAGCCAAGGCCAUCUUCAUCUUCAACUUCAUCAACAAGUUGGACGUCAAAAAAUAAAUCAACAACACCAACAUCAACUACUUCAACAUCGACAUCAACAACAAGUAAUGGUCAAAAAGAAAAGAAACAAGACAAAAAGAAGAAUCAACCAGAGGAAGAAGAAGAAAAUGAUCAAGUUGACAUGGGUAAAUAUUUAGAUCUCUAUAAUGACUAUGAGGAAGAGAAAAAGAAAAGAUCUACACUUACAUAUGGUUUUUUUGGUCGUAAUGAAAAUAAUCAAAAUAAUCAAAAUAAUAAUAAUCAUGGAUCAUCAUCAAAUGGAUCACCAAAUGCAAUAGACUUGGAUGAUUCUGAUGAUAAUGAUGAAGAUGGUGAUGAUUUGGAUAUGUUUAACAUUAAAAAAUCAUUUGUAAAUAACAUUCACAAUAAUAUUCAAAAAAGACAACCUGAAUCCAUUGAUAUACCUUCACCAAUUAUUAAUAAUAAUAAUAAUAAUCAAAAUAAUAAUACAACAACUACAACCACAACUUCAACAACUACAACAACUACAACAACAAAUAAUAGACAACCAAGAGUUGGAAGAACAACUCAAAGAUUUACAGCUGCUGAAAUUAUACAACCACCAAUAAUAUUUAAUCAUGGUAGGGAUCCUUCAUCACCUCCACAAUUGGUACAUCGCAGACCUACUGCUAGCACUACCAUCAACGAGCCCGAAGAUCCAAUGGAUAGAGAUGAAUUGUUGGCACUUGAAUUACAAUCUGCACAAUUUUCACCUGUACGUUCACAUUCCAAUAUUGUACAUAGCACAUCGUCGACACGUACCAACAACCACAAUAACGCAAGAAGUAAUAGUGACUCUGAUUUAGAGCAUGUACGAAGAUUCCAAGAACAAGCAGAUCAUGAAUUGGCAAUGCAAUUACAUCGAAUGGAACAACAAACACAAUUACAACAACACCAACAACAACAACACCAUCACCAAAUGCAACAACAACUUCAUCAACAACACCAUCAACUCCAACAACAACAACAACAAGCUCUUAGAAAUCUUUAUGAAUUUCAUAAUCCACAAUUACAACAACAACAAACAACACAAAGAGGUGGUAGAGGUGGUAGAGGAGGUGGUAGAGGAUCAAGAGGUGGAAGAGGAGGUAGAGGAGGUACGGGAGCAAAUGCGCAACAAUUUGGAUUCCAACAUUUUGUUGGGAAUGGGUCUCAACAAAUCGAUCCACAUCAUUUAAAUUUAAUGAACCGUGAUUUCACAUCCAACGAUUAUGAAUUAUUACUACAACUAGAUGAAAAUGUAAACAACAAAGGUGCACAAGCCACUGAAAUCAAACAACUGCCAACUCACAAGAUUAAAACUGGUUCGAAAAUCGAUACUUGUUGUAUUUGUUUGUGUGAAAUGGAAAUUGGUCAAAAUGUAAAAUCUUUACCUUGUACUCAUUACUUUCAUACUGAAUGCAUAGACAAUUGGUUAAAAAUCAACAAAAUAUGUCCAAUUGAUAAACAAUCAAUUAACAAGGAUUGA